AUGACUGAGAGCAAUUGUUUAAUUUUCGGUUUUAACAAUGCACAGCCUCUUCUACAAAGCUAUCUACUUAAUGUAGAAUAUUAUUUACCUUAUAUUUUUUUAUUAAACUUUGGGGAAUGGAAUGGCGGUGCUCCAAAAUUCGCACUCAGACUGAAAUUAGCGCUUACUGCAACCCACUUCAUUCUAGUAUUUUUUUAUUUAAAAAUGAUAAUUAUGUCAAGUUAUGAUCUACUAUGGCUAAGGUACGGGUGUUUGAGCAGUCAACAACAACUAAGUCAAAACUGA